AUGUACUUUUUAUUUUUGUUAAUUGGCGUUUGUUUAUCGUCAUUAUUUUAUUACGCGCCAAAAGAGUUGACAAUAACUGAUGAAGAAAUAAUUAAUAAAUCAAUUAAAGAAUUACAUGAUAUCGAUUCAACAAACGAUUUAAAUCCGUGUUUAAAGUGUAAAACCAGAUUACAAAUCGCGAAAACUUUAUCAUUAACAAGACCUGAUUUAUUACCUCAAAUUUUCUCAACUUGGUGUAUUGAAUCGAAUUUUAAUGAAAUUCAGUGUCAUAUGAAUUAUGGUUAUCCAACUGAUUUUUUCUCAACACAAGGUAAUGAUUUUACUAAAAUGGUAAGUUUAAUGAAUCCUUCAGGUUUAGAUGGUGAUUAUUUUUGUUAUUAUCAUGAUACAAAUUGUAAUACUCUUCCAGAAACUCCAUUAAUUAACUUAUCUAAGAUGUGGCCUAAAAAACCAAAUAGUUAUUUACCUGUUGAAAAUAGUGGUGAAGUUUUUAAUGUUUUACAUUUAAGUGAUAUCAAUUUACAAAUUGAUUAUAGAAUUUUAUCAGAAUCCAAUUGUAGUCAAAGUUUAUGUUGUUCACCACAUUGUAGAAAUAAGUUUAAAUGUCCAGAAUUUAAUGAAUUUGAUGGUUAUUUUGAUUCAUCAUAUUCAAAAAAUCAUUUUGAAAAAGGGAAAUCAUUAAAUAAUAUAAAUACUAAACAACAAUCUUGGAAACCUGCAAGGCAAUUUGGUGAAUAUUCUUGUGAUACUCCUUCAUUAUUAUUAAAUUCAACAUUACAAUGUAUUAGAGAUUUGCACCAAAAUCAUUUAGAUUUUGAAUUUGCAAUUUUCACUGGUGGUACUGUUGAUCAUUCAGAUCGUUGUUUUAUGAGUAAAGCUAAAAAUUUACAAGAACAAGAAACAACUUAUAGAAUCUUAAAACAUUAUCUUGAUGAAAUUGAUGUCAUACCAACAUUUGGAAUUAGAGAUAUUUUCCCAAUGAAUCAAUUCCCACAAAAGAAUAUUAAUUUAAAUCUUCAAUGGCAAUUUGAUUUUUUAUCUGAUUUAUGGCAAGAAUUAGGUUGGAUUGAUGUUGGAAUUAGUAAACAAAUUAGAUAUUUUCAAUUUGGUUAUUCUUUAAUUACUGAUCGUGGAUUAAAGAUAAUUUCAUUAAAUUCAAAUAUUUGGAAUUUUAAAAAUUUAUAUAAUUAUUGGAAUAUUACAAAUAUCGAUUCAUAUGGUAUGUGGAAAUGGCUAAUUAAUGAAUUAGUUGAUUCAGAAAGAAAUUUUCAAAGAUGUUGGAUUAUAGCUCAUUUACCACCUAAUCAUCAAUCAUUACCACUACAAGCAAAUAUAUUUGCACAAAUAAUUGAAAGAUUUUCACCAAGAGUUAUAGCAGCUAUAUUUUUUGGAUUUACUCAAAAGGAUCAAUUUAUUAUUCAAUAUGGUUCAGAUGGUACUGAUACAAAAUCGUUGGAAAAGGCAGUUAAUCAUGCUCUAAUAGCGCCUUCAAUUUCUCCAUAUUCAGCUGUUAAUCCAAGUUGGAAAUAUUAUUCAGUAGAUAAACAAAGUUUUUCAAUUAUGAAUUCAUUCACUUAUUAUACUAAAUUAGGCGCAACUUUUGGUAAUAAUGGUGCUGAACCUAUUUGGGAAUUUGGUUAUUCAACAAGAGAUAUUUAUAAUUUAGAAAAUUGGUCAGAUAAAUCUUUAAACACAGAAUUUUAUCAUUUAAUUUCAGAUAAAAUUAAUCAAGAACCUGAAUUUAACUUAUUGUAUCAAAGAUUAGAGAAUAGAUUUACUGAUGGAGAUUUAAAUAAUGAUUCUUAUUGUAAAAUUACUAGUUUUACAAUCCAAGCAAAGAAACAAUGUAUGAUUACUGAUGAUCAAGAUGAUUAUACAGAACCAAAGCAACAAACUGAUAAUUAUUUAACACUGAUUACUGUUGGAAAUGAUCAAAAUGUAAAUGUGGAUUAUGUUCCUAAUGAAAAAGAAGAAAUUAGAUUUGAUGAUUUAGAUUAUGAAGGUGAUACAUAUAAAAAUGAUACUAAUAUUGAAAUUAUAAAUGAUGGGAAAGUAGAUUUAAAAGUUGAAAAAGGUAAAAUUGGUAAAUCUGUAAAUAUAAAACGGAAAAGUAAUAAUAAAAUUGCAAUUGAUCAAUUAUGA